AUGACAUGCUAUUGGUAUUCCAGCUAGGAGCUGCUUGAUGGGGGUUGCUGGGACUUGAAGUUCAUAUCAGCUGAAUGGUGGCGAGUUUGGCAUGCAUGGUCUCUACAGUCAUUUCUAUUGGCAUGAGCAGUGCUUACAUUCUGUCUCUGCACAGGUUGCUUGUACCUGCCAAUUCUAAUGUCAAUACAGGAACAAGAUGUCACAUGUUUUCAUUGACGAACAUGGGGUCUGAUCGCAAGUGGCUGGAAUCCCAUAUAUAGGGGCAUCUUAUACAGUGUACAAAUGAGAUGAAUGUAAACAUCCCUCAGCUGGCUGACACACUUUUUGAGAGAACAGCAAAUGGUAGCUGGGUUGUAGUAUACAAAGCUCUCAUCACAACGCAUCACCUCAUGAUGUAUGGCAAUGAGAGAUUUAUUCAGUAUCUUGCAUCCAGAAAUACAUUGUUUAAUCUUAACAACUUCUUGGAUAGAGGUGCCAUGCAAGGCUAUGAUAUGUCAACUUUCAUCAGGCGCUAUAGCAGAUACUUAAAUGAAAAAGCACUUUCCUAUAGACUUGUGGCUGUUGACUUCACCAAAAUGAAAAGAGGGGUAGAUGGAGUGAUGAGAACCAUGGCUACGGAAAAGCUUUUGAAAACACUUUCAAUCAUUCAGAACCAGCUAGAUGCUCUCCUAGAUUUUGAUGCAAGUCGAAACGAGUUAACAAAUGGUGUUAUAAACACUGGUUUCAUGCUUCUUUUCAAAGACUCUAUAAGGUUAUUUGCAGCUUAUAAUGAAGGCGUCAUUAACUUGCUAGAAAAGUACUUUGACAUGAAAAAGAACCAGUGUAAAGAAGCUCUGGAUAUCUAUAAAAAAUUUCUUGCUAGAAUGACAAAGCUUUCAGAGUUCCUCAAAGUCGCAGAGCAAGUUGGAAUUGAUCAGGGUGACAUUCCAGACCUUACUCAGGCACCCAGCAGUUUGCUGGAUGCCCUCGAACAGCACUUGGCAUCUCUUGAAGGGAAAAAAACAAAAGAAGUCUCUGCUGCCAGCAGAGCUAGUACCUUGUCAACUGCUGUUUCUACCCUUGCUACAACAGGAAUGUCUUUUAGCAAAAUGGAUGAAAGAGAGAGACAACAGGCUCUUGAAGAAGAGCAAGCAAGACUGCAAGCACUUAAGGAACAAAGACUAAAAGAAAUUUCUGUUGGAUCAAAUUCUAUAUCUACAUCUGCAUCCCCAAGCACUUUAUCUGGCAAAAGCAUGAAUGCUUCUGCAUCUGUGGAUUUGAUUUCUGCACCUGCACCAACAACAAACAGCAUGCCCAACCUUACCAGUGAUCUAUUUGAUCUCCAACCAACUUUUGUGCCCACUGUACAAAGCACUCCUGCCAUUGCCACUUCUGUCAACACCUGGGGAGGACCGUUUUCCUCAUCAAAUGGUGUCAGUUCCCCACCACAUAUGGACAUCUUUGAUAUGCAGCCUGUUGAAGAAGUAGUGAAGCCUACCCCAACAUUCAGUUCAGCUUCCUUUGCCUCAAAUCAAACAAUGGGAUUUCUUAGUGGUAAACCGCUUUUGCUGUUUUACUGUUCUCACCAUCAUAUUUUAAUGCUUCCCUCCAGCUGGACCGAGUCGAUUCGGUCUUCGUUCUGAUGAGAUUUUCAAAACUGCCUGAUUGAUAUCUAGUCAUUUUUGGCCCAAGUGUUGUUCACAUGGGCCCUAUACACUGGCCAAAAAGCUGUCCACUCAGUCUGAAAAGACUGUUGUCUUUAUUGGCCUGCAUAUGGCCAACUUUAGUCCUUCAGCAUGGAAAUAUCAGGUCCUCUUAUCAAAUAUGGAACAAAGAUCUAAAGAUAGUCUGCCAUAGACUUCAUUAUAAUAAUGUGAUCCGCAUUUUUAGAAAUUAUUUUUACUUUUCUCUGUAAAAAUAAAACAGUGCAUUAUACUUGAUCCAUAUUAAGUUAUAAG